CUACCAACGUUGUCAAACCCUGCUCAUAUUAACAAUCCUCUAUUUUGAUAGUUUAGUGUAGUUUUUAUAAUUUCUUUCCAUAGGACAUAUCCAACGUCCUGUGAUGGUAAAUUCACUUGAUAACCCUGUAAUGUUAAGCGGAUGAACUGUCUCCGCUAUCUGUCUGUGUUUGGUAAACACUAAAUGCUGAACACAGUCUUUAUGUGUCUCCUCAGAGUGGACUGUCGACCCGCUGCUGGGAGGUGUGGUUGUUACUGUCCACUGCAUAUGUGUCUGAUUACCCAUUACAACCAACCUUCAGACUCAUAAACACAUAAAACACAAACUUCUGCCGAUAUAUUGCUCCUUCAGAAAGAAGCUUUGCCUACAUUUUUUUUUUUACAAAGACCACAGAAAAACGGACGCUUGUUUUAAAGUCUACUUGUUUUUAGAUGUUUCAGACUGAGACAUGAGAUGGCAACCAGCGAGCUGUCUGCCUGGGACGGCUGGUGUACAUCACAGUUAAAGAUUAUCCUUCUUGGUGGCAGAAACUCUGGGAAGAGCUCCGUAGGGAACUUAAUCUUGGGCAAAGAGGAGUUCGGGACCAAAGAGAGGACCUCGUGCUCCCGGAGGCUGGGCGUGGUGGCGGGACGGUGGAUCACGGUGGUGGACACUCCCGGCUGGUGGUGCGACUUCAGCUCUCAGGACACAUCCAAGCUGGUGAAGAGGGAGAUUGUAAGCAGUGUGUCUCUGUGCUCACCGGGCCCGCAUGUAUUUCUAAUCACAAUCAAGGCGAGGUCGGGCUUCUCCGAGAAGCGUCGGAGGGCUGUGGAGGAGCACGUGACGCUGCUGGGUGAGAGGGUGUGGAGCCACUGCAUGGUUGUCUUCAUCUCUGCUGACUGGUCUGAACACACAGGAGCUGAGGAGAUCGUACACAGUGGGGGGGAGGCCCUCUGCUGGCUCAGUAACAAGUGUGGUCAGAGGUGUCACAGUGUUAUCCCGAGCCAUGGAACUGAAGUCACCACGCUCCUGGAGAAGAUACAGGAACUUGUCACCGGAAAUGGAAACAGAGUGUUUGAAAUGCAGGAAAACCUUUUACAGGCGACUGCAGAGGAGAAGAGGAGAGUGGAGGAGAGGGCUCAGCAGAGGUUUGUGAGAACGAGGAAACACAGGUCUCUCAUGAGAGAAAGUUUGCGGCCCAUUUCUAAUAUCCGGAUUGUGUUGGUGGGAGCAAAGGGUUCUGGGAAAACCUCCGCUCUGAACACAAUCCUGAACAGAGAGAGCAGCCUGCCAGUGAGGAGAACCGCCCGGUGCGUGUUGGGAACAGGAGUGGUGUUUGGGAGACAGGUGACGGCGGUGGACACACCGGGCUGGUGGAUGAACUACUUCUGCGACGAGAGUCCCGUCUUCGACCGGAGACAGCUGGUGCUCAGUUUGUCCCUCUGCCCUCCGGGGCCUCACGUCUUCCUGCUGCUGAUCCGUGUGGACAGAGCGUUCAGCGAAACCUACAGGAGGGCAGUGCAGGAGCACCUCCAGCUGAUCGGUGACCACAUCUGGAGUCGUGUCAUCGUGCUGUUCAGUUUCGGGGACUGGCUGGGAGGCACGACCCCGGAGCAGUGCAUCGAGAGCGAGGGAGAGCCCCUGCGCUGGCUUGUUGAAAGAUGCAACAACCGGUAUCAUGUCCUGGGCAAUAAAACUAAAGGGGUUGGAUUUCAAGUCCGAGAGCUGAUUGGGAAGAUUGAGGAAAUGUUGGCCGGCUGCAACGCUGGCCACCAUUAUGAAAUAGAGAGGGAAGUGAUGGAACAGCUGGAGGGAAAGGUGAGAAGAGAGGAGGAAAGAGCCAAGGAGAGAGUGGCGAGGAAGGAGAAUCAAAGGCAGAUGGCGAGGUCUCAGCUGGAGAAGCUCAGCCCUCUUCCAGAACUGAGAAUAGUGCUGGUUGGUGGCAGGAAAACAGGCAAGAGCUCAUGUGGAGACACCAUCCUCAGCAGAGAGUGCUUCCACACAGGAACCCCAACGACUUCCUGCUGGGAAAAACGAGGCAAAAUCAGCGGCAGGACGGUGGCAGUGCUGGACACGCCGGGCUGCUUCGCUGUGACCUCUGACUUCCUCGUGGCAUCCUGUGCCAUCCUCCUGGUUGUCAACAUGAGCUCCUCAUUCCGAAAUAGACACAUGGAGGCCAUGGAGAAACAGCUGGAGGCAGGAGGGGGCCAGAUGUGGAGCAGAGCUGUGGUCCUGUUCAGCUUCGGCGAUUGGCUGGGCGACACGGGCAUCGAGCAGCGCAUAGAGAGUGAAGGAGCAGCGCUGCGGAGGCUGGUUGAAAAGUGUGGGAACAGAUAUCACGUCCUGGACAAUAAACACCGGGACGAUGGAGCUCAAGUUUACGAGCUCAUCGAACUGAUAGACGGGAUGCUGGUUAAAGAAAGGCUGGAUAUUCUUAACAGAGGUGAUCACAUGUGGAAAAGUGUUACUUCACGAGACGUGGCGCUAAGUAAAAAAGAUGUUGAGAUGCUCAGGAGCUGCAGACUGCUGGCCCAUGACUUGACUGACUCAGCCAACCCCACCACUCAAACAUCCCCAAACUGCUCAGGAGGCCCUGAUGACGGGGGUCAGGUAGUGGCACUACCAACAGGAAGACGGGGACGGACUGGACUCAACAUCCGGGACAGAGACAGCUUCAUGUCCUGUUUAGCCUCAAUGCUCCCUGGUGGAGAAGCACUGAGGUGGCCUAUAACUCUGCCUGUUUGUUUCCCUGCUGAUGAUCUGCCCCUGAGACUGAAUGGCCGUGUGUUCUCAUCCAGACAUCCAACAAUGCUUCUGGUUUUACCUCAAACACAACACAGGAUGUGGAUUGCGGAGGAAAAUGGCGUCAGUGUGCAUUCCCUCUGCCAUCCUGCACUGAGAGAGCGGACUCUCGGGAGGCUCACCGAGUCCGGAGGUCUGCAGGCGCUGAUCGACCAGUGGGACGACAGCAGCCUGGAGGAGCUGGAAGCCUUCAUCGACUCCUACUUUGAGAUGAUUUGGGAGCAAACCAUGGGGUCGUUUCAGGACCCUGAAGCGGAGUGUCCCACCGCAGAGCGGGAUGCUGUCGUCGAGGAGGAGGCCGGACAGAAGGAAGUGCUCUCCUCCAUCGACAGGAAACUGUCGAAGCUGGAGCUGCUUGAGGAGAUCAGGAGGGAUCUGGCCGAGCUGAGGACAAAACUGGAGCACAGCUGGAAGGCCAUACAGGAACUCAGAGAAAAACGUAAACAGGAUGAUAAUAAUACAUGUUGAUAUAAAGAUGGAGUAUAUUGUUUGCUUAUACAGUGAAAAUGAAUG